UGAGGCAGUUGGUUCGCUCCGCUGUGCCGUAUGUGUCUGGGAUGCAGCAGUGGAAGAAAGAGAGAGCUGAAAGAGAGAGAGAGCUGAAAGAGAGAGAGAGAGGGAGGGAGCUGUUAUUUAGGUCUGUUACAGCAGACAGGGAGCAGCUCGCCCUAGGGCAGGGGGAGACGAUAGAGGAACACUGAACUCAGAACAGAACAUUCAGCUACAGAUACAGCCAGGCAGGAACCAGCCCUGCAUUCCAGCUGAGGGGAAGGGAAAGGAGGUAUAGAAACUGAAGUGCCAGCAGGAAAGGAUAGAACAGACGGGAGAGAGAGAGAGAGAGAGAGAGAGAGAGAGAGAGAGAGAGAGAGAGAGAGAGAGAGAGAGAGAGAGAGAGAGAGAGAGAGAGAGAGAGAGAGAGAGAACGAAGGAAAAGGUAGCAGCAACACAUCAACACAAGGGUUUGAUCUGGGACCUUCACUGCUGCUGCUACUGUUGUUGUUGUUGUUAUUGUUGUACUCCGGUAAGGUGACCUAGCUACUCCAGGAACAGGGAAGGGGGGGUACAGCAGCAGGUUUAACCUGUGUGUUCUCAGGAGAUAGGGGCUAGGGAGGGGGUACAGUAAAAGGAGGUUGAAAGCUCCACCACCAUGUUUGACUGUAUGGAAGCUCUGGGGAUGGGCCCACGCCAGCUAUAUGAUGUCACCAGCCGGGGUGCGUGCAUGCUGCGGAAGGCGAGCCCCUUCUUCGCAGGGCUGGACCCCUUCGCUUGGACCGGCAGCGCCAGCGUUCAAUCGGUGGAGACCCAGAGCACCAGCUCUGAGGAGAUGGUCCCCAGCUCUCCCUCUCCACCUCCCCCGCCACGCAUCUACAAACCCUGCUUCGUGUGCCAGGACAAGUCCUCUGGAUACCAUUACGGAGUCAGUUCCUGUGAGGGCUGCAAGGGUUUCUUCCGACGCAGUAUCCAGAAGAACAUGGUGUACACCUGUCACCGAGACAAGAACUGCCAGAUCAACAAGGUCACCAGGAACCGCUGCCAGUACUGCCGACUGCAGAAGUGCUUUGAGGUCGGCAUGUCCAAGGAAGCGGUGCGUAACGACAGGAACAAGAAGAAGAAAGACGUGAAGGAGGAGUUGGUGUUGCCAGAGAGUUAUGAGUUGAGUGGAGAACUGGAGGAGCUGGUCAACAAAGUCAGCAAAGCCCACCAAGACACCUUCCCCUCACUGCUGCAGCUGGGCAAAUACCACACCAACUCCAGUGCAGAGCAGCGCGUGCAGCUGGACCUGGGGCUGUGGGAUAAGUUCAGUGAGCUUUCCACCAAGUGCAUCAUCAAGAUCGUGGAGUUUGCCAAGCGCCUCCCCGGCUUCACCACCCUCACCAUCGCUGACCAGAUCACCCUCCUCAAAUCAGCCUGCCUGGAUAUCCUGAUGUUGAGGAUCUGCACCCGCUACACUCCAGAGCAGGACACCAUGACCUUCUCAGACGGGCUGACCCUGAACCGGACCCAGAUGCACAACGCAGGCUUCGGCCCGCUCACAGACCUGGUGUUUGCCUUUGCUGGCCAGCUGCUGCCUCUGGAGAUGGACGACACAGAGACGGGCCUCCUCAGCGCCAUCUCCCUCAUCUCUGGAGACCGUAUGGACCUGGAAGAGCCCCAGAAGGUGGACAAGCUGCAAGAGCCCCUCCUGGAGGCCCUGAAGAUCUACGCACGUCGCAGACGCCCCAACAAACCACACAUGUUCCCCCGCAUGCUGAUGAAGAUCACUGACCUCAGAGGCAUCAGCACUAAGGGGGCAGAGAGAGCCAUCACUCUGAAGAUGGAGAUCCCAGGCCCCAUGCCUCCUCUGAUCAGGGAGAUGUUAGAGAACCCAGAGGCCUUCGAGGACCAAACAGAGAGCAGUGGAGAGAGCUCCCCACCGCCUGCCCCUCCACCCGUUCCACCAGCCUCCUCCAAGCCCCCCGCCACCAUGAAGACUGAGGCUGAGGACGAGGAGGACAGCUGGGGGACAGAGAAUGGCAGCGAGCCUUCCCCAGAGGAAGAAGAUGAGGAUGACUAUGAUGAUGGGGAGGAGGAGGACCUGGACAGGGGCUCGGACAGCGAGGGGGAAUCCUGGGCUCUGGAGGGUAGCAGCGAAGGGGCUAGGAAGAACCAUCCCGGGAGGGCGCAGUGAGGAGGAGAGAAGAUCACAGAUAUACAGACUCUACACUCAAACACACACACACACACUAACUGACGUAAUCAAACACACACACACACACACACACACACACACACACACACACACACACACACACACACACACACACACACACACACACACACACACACACACACACACACACACACACACACACACACACACACACCAUACCCCUUCCAGUGCUGGCCCUCCCUAACCUCCUCAUCCCCUCUAUCUCCCUAAUGCACAUCCGUCUCUCCAGGCAGGACAGGACACAGCAGGACAGGACAGAGCAGGACAGAACAGGACAGAGCAGAGCAGGACAGAGCAGAGCAGGACAGAGAAGAUCAGGACAGGACAGAGCAGAGCAGAGCAGGACAGAGCAGAGCAGGACAGAGCAGAGCAGAGCAGAUCAGGACAGGACAGAGCAGAGCAGAGCAGAGCAGGACAGAGCAGAUCAGGACAGAGCAGAGCAGAGCAGGACAGAGCAGAUCAGGACAGAGCAGAGCAGAGCAGGACAGAGCAGAGCAAGACAGAGCAGAGCAGGACAGAGCAGAGCAGAGCAGGACAGAGCAGAUCAGGACAGAGCAGAGCAGAGCAGGACAGAGCAGAGCAAGACAGAGCAGAGCAGGACAGAGCAGAUCAGGACAGGACAGAGCAGAGCAGAUCAGGACAGAGCAGAACAGGACAGGGCAGGAAAGGACAGGGCAAGACAGGACAGUAGAGCCAUAUGGUUGCCUGUAUAGACACUAUAACUCAGGUUCCCUGACUCGCAGGUUCUUGACAAGUGCCAUGCAGAGAGACUAAUAAAACGAGAGACGGAGAAACCACAUGAUGCAACCGUCUGGACUUGUGACUCGUGAUAUAGAGAAGAGAGAAGAUGACAAGAAUACUAUCUUUGACGAAGCAAAUGUCCAAUUUUUUACUAUCUUCUUGUUUGUAUCUAUAUAGAUGAAUGUCCAAACCAGACAGCAUGAACUGAACAGUAAAUCUGGAUGCCAAGCAAAGCACACUUCUCAAAAAGAAACCAAACUGAAAAUGCUAAUUAUUUUGUUGGGCUUUUCAUUUUUUUUUUUUUUUCUUCUUGUUUUAUUUUCUUGAUUUGUAUUUUUCUUUCAAUUUAUGAAUAAGUCCCUACAUAUCUAUAUACCAUUAUAUUAUUAGUCUUUGUUUGUAAUCCUGGUUUUGAUUUCUUCAGAUUAGGUUUUGUGUUUGAGGAGUUUUCCAGCGGCGAUAUAAAGAGAGAUUUGGAAUCAGAAUCAGAACAUACCGCUAGCUGAAUCUCCUGACCAACUGGUGGUUUUUGGGCACUUUUGCUCGCCGUAGAUGUCAAUGAUAAUCAACUCAGUAAUGUUAUCUUGUGUUACAGUGACUCAAGUUGUGAUUUGUUGUUAUCAGGGGACUGGCAUUAAUCCAUGUGCUUUCUUUCAACACAACCAACUAUGCUGCCGAUUGGACAUGUGUCUUUGUGCCAAAGUUCGCAACUCAUUUUCAGAAACAGAGAGUCCGUGACCCUAGACACCAACCAGUGCUCACACACACAUCAAAUCUUCACGCCUCAAUUAGACACACAAACACACACACACACACACACACACACACUAAAUCUCGGAUCUAUAACAUAUGUGCCGUCUUGGUUCGGGUGCUUAGACAGAGAUUGACACUUGGCCGUAUAUGUAGCACUUUGAUAUCCUGUUUUUAAAUCAGGCACCGCUAGCAAAGUAAGUUACAAUACAAUACAAUACAACUUUAUUGUCCAAUAUUGACAGUACCGUCACUGCCAAUCUUAUCUCAACAGAAAUCCUCAGAUGUCUGUCACAUUAAAUAACUAUUUCACGACGUGCACAAGCAGACACUCUUGCGUACACAAAAAUACACACACACACACACCCACGCACAAACACACACACACACACGCAACCAGGAUCUGUUAUGGAUAAUGACAUGGAAACAGACUUCUCAGGGCUUCUCUGUAAGGACCAAACCCUAGCGGGUUCGCUAGAAACAGGCAAUAUUUUUGUGUGUGUAUUUUUGACUCAGUCAAUUGGAUCUGUCCAGUUAACCCCUAUCUCUGUGUACAUAGAAGAUAUAUGACUAGUCUACAAAUGGCCUGGAUGCCAGUCUGUUACCCUUUUCACACUAUCAUGACAACCUAACCCAAACUGUGCUGACUUCACAUUGUCCUUCAGUCCACGGUUCCAACAACUAUGGUGAGUGCAUAACUAGGCCAGCUCUGUACAGCUCAGUUUGGCUUGGCUUGGCUCACUAGUGUGAAAAGACCAAACCUGUCUCAGACCAGAUUUGGCUGACCUGUGCUGCUGGCAUCCAAGAAACCAACUGCCUUCUCAUCUAAAAGCCAUUAUAUCAUCAUGUCUUUGUAAGGUUGUAUGAUAUUCUCUCUCAGCGUUUUGUGUUCUCAUAUUUCAUUUCUUCUCAAUUGUCUUUGUUGCCAAAAUGUCUCAGUCAAUAUGUAACCAGCUGGUCAUAAUGCAGCUGGCUGGCUACAUACAGUACAGAGGUUUGUAUGCAGUCUCUCUGUGAAGCAAUAUGAACAGGAAUACGACAGCCUCCCAGCAGUAGAGAGAGAGUGACCUACUGUACAGUACUCUCAGAAUGUGGGCCUCCUGACCUGAUUUGAGUGUGUGUUAAUGCUUUAACAUGUCUCCUCUGCCAUUGGGUGAAUGUUCGCUGUAUGGUGCUGUGAUGUCAUACAGCGCGGAGCAGAGAAGCGAGGUUUGAUGACCUCAUCACCGCUCCUCUCUGUCAGCCAGGCAGUCAUGAUGCAAACACAACGCUGAGAUUAUGUUCUUACACAACGUUGUGACAACAUGGUUCUGAUGCAGGUGUUAUUUUCUGUAAAACACAGCCAAGGUAUUGUCCAAUUUUCUGUUCAUACCAACUCAUACAAAGAUAAGCCAUAUAAAUAAAUUACUUUUGUGAGAUUAA